UGUGCGUAGGGAAGGGGGGGGGGGGGUGUUGUGGGACGAUGACGGAUGGUGCCGGGCCCAGCGGUGAGGGGACUGGCGGUGCACGGGGGACUUCGGGGGGGGGAUUCAUCCUGCAGUCUGAUAGGGAGAUGGCAAGGUUGAGGCGGGGCAGCUCGAUUUGGAACUACGUCACCGCGGGGCAACUUGUCGGGAACUAGUCGAAGAUGCAUGGGGACCGGAAGUUGCGUUGCAACUUUUGCAACCAUGUGGGGCAGGGGAAUGCGACGAAGGUCGCUCGCCAUUUCACACAGCCCAAGUACUGCAAGAUUGCGGGGAUGAGAGUUCUUGCAGACAUCUGGAACAACACGGGGUACACGUUCGUGGAGAAGACUGCUAGGCAGGUCCAGAGGUGGAUGGCAGAUGAGGGGAUUCGGGAUACGAGAUCGACCACGGGUGGGCAGCGGCCACGGGCAGACGAGGCAGAGACGGACGAGAUGCAGGACUUCCUCGAUGCGCAGGAGGGGGGCGAGGGCCGGGUCGGCGAGGCGGGGAUGCGAGACGAGGCAGCUGGACGCUGCGAGCCCGAUCUGCCUGGGGAGGAGGUAGUGAUGACAUCGAGAACGGAUGGCACGGCGGGACGCGGUGCGAGGGCGUCACGACCUGAGUUGGAGCGCGCUAGGAGGGAGAAGAGGAAAGUGGGGGAGGAGGACGUUGACGUGCGGGACACGGCGAGGGAGAAGAGGGCACGUCAGACGACGAUCGACGAGCUAUACGCGAAGGAGAAGUUGAGCGAGUUCACUGACACGUGGCUGAAGUGGAUCUACGAGAAGGGGUUGUCGUUCAACGCUUUCAGAGGGUCGGAGUUCCAGAGGAUGGAGAGGACUCCAUCUGGCGCCGGUGUUCGCCACCGCUCGCCGUCUGAGUUGCGCACCGACGACUUCUACGUCGGCGGCUCUAGCGGGGGUUUGGGGGAUCUCAGUGCCCCGAGACAGAGGGGUGCCUCGCUGUCGGACGUGCUCCUCGAUGAUUCUGAUGUGCGGGGCCAUGUAGAGAUCGCGGAGGAGCGGGAUGCCCGAUUGGACAGAGAGGAGGAGGAGGGGCUGCGGACUUUGCCAGGAUGGGAGGGUCGUUUCACUUAUAUGGAGGAGCAGCGCCGACGGAGGGAGUUGGAGACAGGGGGGGGUGGCAACGGUGACAGAGGCGACGUGGGUUUUGGUGGGGAGGCUGAUGCGGGGGCGGCGCGACAGGGUGUCCCCCCGGGUGUUGAGGGAGAUGGUGUCCCCACGGGUGUUGAGAGAGAUGGUGGCGGCGAGGACGAGGACGAGGACGAGGAGGGGUCCGACCAUGGAGACGACCACGGCGACGACGGCGACGACCAUGGCGACGGUGGCGACGACGACGACGACGGCGACCACGACGGCAACCACGGCGACGGCGGAGGCGGCGACGGCGGCGACGGCGGGGGCGACGACGAUGAGGGUAGGCUGGCUUUGGUCUUGAGGGACCCGUCAAUGCCUUCACUACCUCUCACACGGCCCGAGGCCUUCGCUCAGGCUGGUUUUGUUGCCAAUGAUUUGGCGCGACUCGGUUCACAUGACUGUUUCCCCCACACGGGCCGCAGGAGCAGCGAGAGGCGCCCUCCUGGAGGGGCGUACUCACCCCCACCCUACAUCGUGGAUAGCCCUAGAUGCUUAUCGCCGGGUCUCGGACAGGAUGAGGGAGGAUUACGAUGCCGGGAGGGGCGCUUUCGCAGGACGUUUGUCACCUCGGUUUUAGGUUGCGGGCAACAGCGAGGGUGGCUCCGGACGUCCGAGUCUUCACAUGGCAGGCCGGAUGCUCGGUUUGUCUCGAUCAGCGACGAGGAGAGUUUUGAUCCCACCGCCGAUUACGGCCCUAGGGACAGUUGCGGACAUGCAGCAGAGUCAGCACUACACAUCCGGUGAGGAGGGGUUGUUGAUGCGGAGCGGGACUAGACGACACAGCGUCGUCACGGAGGUUGAGGCUCGACUCGCAGCAGAGAUCGCUGCCGGCCAGGCUGCAUUGGACGCGA